CUCCCCUCCCCCAACGUCUCUCUUUCUCAACUUUCUCUCGCUACUGCCUGAAAACGGCGGCCACCACCGGUUGCGCAGGCGCUGCUCCGGCCACCGCCGUUGCCAUUGCUCGGAAGAAAUUAAGAGGAAUUGAAAACUCAUUAAAAAGGACCGAGGAGUGCCGCCCCUUUGCCGGAUUUCGCCACCGUCGCCAGGCUGCCGCCGCCGCCGCGGGUCUGCUGGAGAGCAGAAUUCCAGCCAAGCUAGCUUCAAUCAGAAUUCUGCCCAUCGAGAUGACAUCCAAAAGCUCCGAAACUACCACCAAUAUCUUCAUCUUCGAGAGAGCUUCGCGUGAGUAUUUUACACUCCCCAAUCAGAGCCCGGAGGAGGGAGUUAUGGCAGUUUUACUGAAGCCGCACAGUGCAGAAUGCGCUACCCGGGGGGGUGACUUUAAGCCGAGCGGGUGGAUGCCCGAAGGCAUAGUUGAGGCAGAAAGUUCCACCCGGCCGGGUGGCUUUUGGCCACCAAAUUCCACCCUGGCGGGUGGCCACCCGGAAGGCACAAUUGAGGCAGCGACGUCCACCCGGGCGGGUGGUACUUGGACGGCUAAGCUAUCUGGGCGGGUGGCCCACGCAGAGACUAGACUUUUUGGGCCUUUUUCUUGGAAUUUGGCCUCCAACUAUAAAUAGGACUUUAUCUCAUUUUCUUCUUAGAUUGUGAUUGAAUUAAGAUAUCUCCUUUGUGAGUUUUUCCUCUUUGAGGAAUGUAUCUAAUUUCUUCUUUGAAGGUUGUUUGUUUACAUCAUUGAUUGAUUCGAGUAAAGGUAUGCAUAAAUUGGGUGUAUCCAUUGAGUAGUGGAGCAAAGGGGUGAUAGAGCUAUUGAAAGUUGCCUAGGGUUGUUUCCAUUCUUUUGGCCAAGGUCCUAUGGUCAUAACUCUUUUAUCUCAUCAUUAUACACAUGCUUUCCAUUCCUAA